AUGGGGACGGAGAUGACUCAAAAUCAAUGGAAGAUAAAUAACAAUGACAACGGCGGCACCGGUCGUGAUUUAUCACCGGUAGUGGUUCUGGAUGGUAAUCACGAUGAUGGUGGAUUCGCUGAGAGAGGAUUUUGUGAUGCGCAGGUGCAACAACAAUCUAAUAGCGGAGCAGCAGCAACAACAACAACAGAUUGGAAUUUAGGAAUUGGAGAAAGAGCUAUAUCUGCUGCUGGUGCUGCUUUUCUGUCUGCUAUUAUUGUUAACCCUCUCGAUGUUGUGAAGACAAGGUUGCAAGCACAGGCAGCUGGAGUUGAGUACUCACACCCUCUAAGUAACAUUAUAAGUCGAAUGGCACAUUUUGGGCCAACCAUGAUGUUUGCUGAUCUAAGGUGUUCGCCAUCGUGUACACGUGCCGGGGUUCAUGGAACAGUGUCGAUUUGUCCUCCUGAUUGUUUCCAGUAUAAGGGAACUCUAGAUGUUUUCUACAAAAUCAUACGGCAGGAAGGAAUUGCAAGGCUAUGGAGAGGCACAAAUGCUGGUCUGGCUCUGGCUAUACCAACAGUUGGGAUCUACCUGCCAUGCUAUGAUUUAUUUCGUAAUUGGCUGGAGGAUCUAACUGCCCAAAAUAUUCCUGGUGCCACACCAUAUGUGCCUUUGGUAGCAGGCUCAUUGGCACGUUCAUUAGCUUGUGCAACUUGCUAUCCUAUUGAACUUGCUAGAACCCGCAUGCAGGCAUUUAAGGCAACUCAAACUGGUAGACCUCCUGGAGUUUGGAAAACAUUAGUUGAGGUCCUCUCCCUUGUCAGAAGUACAAACAAUGCUGAAAAUUUGAGAGGCUAUCGUGUACUGUGGACAGGCAUGGGAGCACAGCUUGCUCGUGACGUUCCAUACUCAGCAAUUUGUUGGUCAACCCUUGAGCCAAUCAGGAGAAGGCUUCUGAGUUUGGUUGGCGAGGACCCCGACUCUUUAAAAAUCUUUGGAGCAAACUUUUCUGCUGCUUUUGUCGCAGGAAGUCUUGCUGCUGGUGCUACAUGCCCUCUAGAUGUUGCAAAAACCCGCAGGCAGAUAGAGAAGGAUCCUGUUAGAGCAUUGAGGAUGACUACACGGCAAACAUUGAUGGAGAUUUGGAGGGAUGGAGGAAUGAGGGCACUGUUCACAGGUGUUGGUCCUCGUGUUGGCCGUGCCGGGCCAUCUGUUGGGAUUGUGGUUUCGUUUUAUGAAGUCGUGAAGCCAAGCAUUCAGUUCAAUUUGCUGACCAGUUUGUCAGCACAAGGAACUGAUAUCAGUGUCCUCUCCUAUAAAGCAUCAGCCCUGCUAUCCAAACCAAGCUUGCAAAAACAAACAACAUCUCAGGUUUACAUCAAGCUUGCAUACUACUCCAAAACAUACAUAGGCCGGCCCUCGUUUUUGGCAACUGCUGGUUCUAUUGAAAUGUCAGCAGCAACAGCAAAGGAUCCAAUCAAAGCGUUGUGGCUCGAGCGCUUAAGCUCGGCUCUAAGGACAACAUUGGCAUGCACCAUAGUUGGUUGCACCGCACUCUACGGCCCUGCAAAACUUAGGCACUUUGUUGCGUAUCCGGCCUUCUCUUACGUGACAGCAAUCCUAAUCGUCUCGGAUGCUACUCUUGGUGACACUCUUAGAGGCUGUUGGCAUGCUCUAUAUGCUACUAUUCAAGUAAUGAUCCCCUGUGUACUGACCUUGCAAGUGGUUGGACCAGCCAGGUUCACCUGUAGCGUGGCAGCAGUGGCAGUGGCUAUCAGUGCCUUGAUGGUGGCGCUGCCAGAAUCAACUUCCUUGAUGGCUAAGCGGAUUGCAUUUGGGCAGAUUGUGAUUGUGUAUGUAGGUGUAGCUAUCCAUGGUGCUGAAGCUGGAAUAGUGAUGCACCCAAUUCAUGUGGCUUCAAGCACAGCCUUGGGAGCAUUAGCUUCUGUUUUGGCUAUGCUGGUUCCAUUCCCUAGGCUAGCCUACUACAAGGUUAGGAAAACAUGCAGAUUAUACGUUGAAAAUGCCUCAGAGAGGUUGAAUCUCUUUGUUGAGGCGUUAACCUCCCAAAACAAGCAAGCUGCAACCGAGUUGCUUUCCCAAGCAAAGUUCCUCUCUAAAACAGGAGUCAGGCAUCUUCAAACAGUCAAAGAUGUUCAAGGAGGCAUGUUAUACGAGAAACCACAAAUCAGAAAGCUUAACCUAGAAGAAAAUUUGCAAGACAUUGAAAUAUCAAUGAGAGGAAUGGAAAUUGCUCUUACAUCAUGCUCUUCAUUUCCUGUUAGCAUGAUAGACGAAGGGAUCAAAGAAGCGCUGCUCAGUAUGAAAGGAAAAGUAGGCCUAAAGCUACAGAAAGCCAAGUGCUUUGCUCGUUUUGAUGCAACAACAGUUCCAGAGGCAAAGGUUGAAGAAAGUUAUAUUUUGGCCCCAAAUAUCAGUGUCGCAACACCUGGAGACCUACCAGCUUUCUUCUUCUCGUACUGCAUGGAACUCCUCUUGAAGGAAUUGCCUAUUUGUCAAAAUCCAGAGUGCAACUCAGAGAACACCAACGAAACUGGAGCUAGAGAUGUAACCAGUAAAAAAGAUCAAGAGAAGUCUAACCUUAGAAAGACUUGGGAUUCCUCACCUAUAAAAUUACCAAGCAUGGAGAGAUGGACUUUUGCAGUCAAGUGUUCUCUUUCUUUGGGUUUUGCCGUGCUAUUCGGUUUGAUAUUCAACAAAGAAAAUGGGUACUGGUCAGGACUCACCAUUGCCAUCAGUUUCGUCACAGAAAGACAAGCAACUUUUGCAGUUACGAAUGCUCGUGUACAAGGGACAGCAAUGGGAUCGGUUUAUGGAAUCUUGUGUUGCUUCAUUUUCCAAAGAUUUGUGGAGUUACGGUUUCUACCUCUUCUUCCUUGGAUCAUUUUCGCCAGUUUUCUAAGGCACAGCAGGAUGUAUGGCCAAGCCGGUGGGAUUUCAGCUGUGAUAGGAGCAUCGUUAAUCUUGGGUAGGAAAAAUUAUGGCACUCCAAAUGAGUUUGCAACUGCAAGACUCGUAGAAGCUUGCAUUGGAUUAAUUUGCUUCGUUAUGGUAGAGAUAAUAUCGCAACCUGCAAGAGCAGCAACUCUAGCAAAGACUGAAUUUGCUUGGAGCUUAAGGGCACUUCGAGAUUGCACCGACAACAUAUCCCAGCUUUGUGCUGGUCAAAAAAGUGUUUUCUCAUCUUCAAUUCCAGCCUUAAGAAGAAGGCAGCUGGAGGUGAAAUCACGCAUCAACAACCUGGAGAAAUUCAUUGUUGAAGCUGAGUCAGAACCCAACUUCUGGUUCUUGCCUUUUCAUGGUGCUUGUUAUCGCAAGUUACUGGCAUCUCUAAGAAAGAUGGAGUACCUUUUGUUGUUCGUAGUCUUUGAAAUCGAAAGCAUAUCUCAAGUAUCAGAUGGGUUGGAAGUGGAUUGGAAGGAGCUACAGGAAGUUCUCAUGAACAAUUAUCUAAAUCUUUUUGGGAAGAAAGUUGGCUUUUCAUUGAAAUGUCUUGAAGAGUUGAUUUCGAUCAAUUCCUUGGCACUGCUGGAAAAAAAGGUGCAAAAGAUAAACAUAUCUCAUGACAUUGAGUUAGGAAAAUCAUCACCAAGUACAGAUGUGGUAUUUAGGUCAUGGAGUCCAGAUGAAGAAGAAAUUUCAGAAAUGGAGAGUUCCAUUCUCCAACAUUCAAAAGAAGGAGCUAAAAAGAUUGACAAACACGAAGGUGCACAGAAGCUUAAGAGCCAGUUGAUGCUUAGCAUAUAUAGCCUAGGGUUCUGCAUCAGUAGUCUGAUGAAAGAAACGAAAGAGAUUGAGAAAGAAGUGAAAGAAUUAAUUAAAUGGGAGAAUCCUACAAGCUACCACUUCAUUUUUUCGUAA